AACUCAAAAACCACACCAAGCAAAAGCUUCUCUCUUUUUUUUUGUCUUCACGAUGAUGUCUUCCGCUGAUCCUUUGGUGGUUGGUCGUGUGAUAGGCGAUGUUGUUGACAUGUUCAUACCAUCUGUUGCCAUGUCUGUUUACUUUGGUCCUAAACAUGUCACCAAUGGAUGUGACAUUAAGCCAUCCAUAGCUAUCAACCAACCCAGAAUCACUCUUACUGGAAAUAGGAGCAGCCUCUACACUCUGGUUAUGACUGAUCCUGAUGCACCAAGCCCCAGUGAACCAAGCUUGCGCGAGUUCAUACACUGGAUUGUGGUUGAUAUUCCUGGAGGAACAAACCCAAAACGAGGUCAUGAGAUUCUGCCUUACAUAGGACCUAAGCCACCUGUGGGGAUUCACAGGUUCAUACUGGUUUUAUUUGAGCAGAAGGGACCUAUAGGAUUGGUGGAGGAGCCACCAAGUCGAGUCAGUUUCAACACUCGUUAUUUUGCAAGUCAGUUAGAUCUUGGUCUUCCAGUAGCUACAGUCUACUUCAACUCUCAGAGAGAGCCUCAAUCUAAGAGACGUUAAAUGCAUGCAUUUUGAAUUAUUUAGUAUAAGUUAGUCCUGUCAUUAAUAAUGGAGGGAGAGGGUAUAUGUAUAUAGUUAUAUAUAUAUAUAGCCUCAGACCUAUGAACAAUGUGCUUCUAUGUGGCCUCUUGUGGCUCACAUUCAUUUCUUCUUUCUAUUUAUGUGUGCUUCUCAUUUGGUAUUUAUGAAACUAUUAUGUUGUGUUAA